GCCAGCCUCGGCCCUGAAGAGGGCUGGAUGGGCAAGUCGGGCACGAUGGCUCGAGCCCGGGCGGUGGCGGCGGUGGCUGGGGGCGGCGGCGCCUGCUCCUCCUCGCCUCGGCGCCGGCGGUGAUCGGAGCGAGCGGGCGCGCCUCCCGAUGAGACUGCUGGUGGGCUGGCUGUGCCUGAGCCUGGCGUCCGUGUGGCUGGCGCGGAGGAUGUGGACGCUGCGGAGCCCGCUCACCCGCUCCCUGUACGUGAACAUGACGAGCGGCCCCAGCGGGCCGGCGGCGGCCGCGGGCGGCGGGAAGGAGAACCACCAGUGGUAUGUGUGCAACAGAGAGAAAUCAUGCGAAUCACUCCAGGCUGUCUUUGUUCAGAGUUACCUUGAUCAAGGAACACAGAUCUUCUUAAACAACAGCAUUGAGAAAUCUGGCUGGCUAUUUAUCCAAUUAUAUCAUUCUUUUGUGUCAUCUGUUUUUAGCCUGUUUAUGUCUAGAACAUCUAUCAAUGGGUUGCUAGGAAGAGGCUCAAUGUUUGUGUUUUCACCAGAUCAGUUUCAGAGACUGCUUAAAAUUAAUCCAGACUGGAAAACCCACAGACUUCUUGAUUUAGGUGCUGGAGAUGGAGAAGUCACAAAAAUCAUGAGCCCUCAUUUUGAAGAAAUCUAUGCCACUGAGCUUUCUGAAACUAUGAUAUGGCAGCUUCAGAAGAAGAAAUACAGAGUGCUUGGUAUAAAUGAAUGGCAGAAUACAGGGUUCCAGUAUGAUGUCAUUAGCUGCCUGAACUUGCUGGACCGCUGUGAUCAGCCCCUGACUUUGUUAAAGGAUAUCAGAAGUGUCUUGGAGCCAAGGAGAGGCAGGGUCAUCCUUGCCCUGGUCCUCCCCUUUCAUCCCUACGUGGAAAACAUAGGUGGCAAGUGGGAGAAACCAUCGGAAAUUUUGGAAAUCAAGGGACAGAACUGGGAAGAACAAGUGAAUAGUCUGCCUGAAGUUUUCAGAAAAGCCGGUUUUGUUAUUGAAGCUUUCACCAGACUGCCAUACCUGUGUGAAGGUGACAUGUAUAAUGACUACUACGUUCUGGAUGACGCUGUCUUUGUUCUCAAACCAGUAUAAACAUGGGGAGGUUGAAGUCUUCAGAGUCCACACCCUCUGGGAUGUGCCCUCAGAAGAGGGUCUGCAUUCACAAUUAUGUGAAGGGAGGACCCUUGGGGACUGCCAUUCUAAAUAUCAUGUAGGAAUUUUAAAAGCCAAAAUACUAAUUAUUUCUUUGUAGUGUGUAAAGGAAUGUUUUUAAAAGAGAAAAACCCAACUCUUUGUGGAUUUUUAUCAACUCUUUACUCAGAGCCACUCUCUAAUGCAGGUCACACUCCAAUUAUGAUGGAAGAUAUUUUUUAUACUUAAUUGCAGUAGGGACUCAUUCCCAGACAAAGCAAUAGUCACGACUUCAUGGAGCCAAUCAAUGGAUUGUUUUUAAUAAAAUGAAGACUGGCAAUAAAGCUGUCCAUUCAGUUCCAAAUACUGGUUUUAAGGUUUAGCCACUGAUAUUCUUUCAUGCUUAGAAAUUCUUUGUUAUUAUUCAAGAAAAUGUUUUUAAUCAUGCUAAUAAACUUUUUUGGAGAUGAAAAAAAAAAAAAAAA